UAGUAUAUCACUUCCCUGUUAUUUAAAUUUUGUAAAUUUAAAUUUUCAAAGUUGGGGGGAAUUUUCCCCUCAAAAUGGGGUUCAUUUCCGCAUUUCUCAUUUGUGUCCCCAGACUUUCUUCCAAAUUUGACAUUUGACUCACUUGCAGUGUUGAAGAAAAAAGUUCCCUUCCUGCUGCUUCUUCCCAUUUCGAGUUUGGGGAAUCCAAUUUUUAAGACAAACAUUUCGUCGCCAACCUUGGUGAUUCCUUCGCCGAGGAUGCGGCGUACAUGUGUCAGGGGCGCGCACAGCAUCGCAUAGGGAGAAGUUCGCGUCCACGUGAGGCAUGUGCAUCCUUGGCGAAUUCGCGUCGACGAGAAGCAUAUGCCUCUUUAGCAAUCUCGCGUCCACAUGAAGUAUGUGCAUCUUUGGCGAAUUCGCGUCGGCGAGAAGCGUUAGCAGCUUUAGCAAAUUCGCGUCCACAUGAAGCAUAUACAGCUUUCGCAAUCUCGCGUCCACAUGAAGCAUAUGCCUCUUCAGCAAAUUCGCUUUUUUUUUUUUGCGUUCACCAAAUUUGCGUUUUUUUUGUGUUUAUUCAAACUCGCCUUUUUUCCUACCCUCCGUUGUUGCGUAGCCAAUGUGGAAGAGCUGUACUUUGAUAGCUCUCCAAUUUGGGCACUUUUCCACUUUGUGAUUUCCGCGAGGACCUUCGCUGCACUGCUUCGGCACCUACAUCCCGCUGUGUUUGCUUCCCUCACGUGAUUCUUUCGCCAUCACUGUUAUCACUGUCAUUAAUGUCAUUACUGCAAUUUUUGUCAUUUUUUCUUUUUUUCUUUUUCUCUGCCCCCUUUUGUUAUUUUUUCUUUUUCCUCCGCAUAUUCCUCCCACAUCCGCACGAAAGUGCCCCUCCUCACGUGCCAAAUGUGCACUAGGUGUACACAUAGGCAUGUGCACAAAGGCGUAUGCACAGUGGCGUAUACGUAACUGCAUGCGCGCAGGGCGCACCCCCUUUUACCAGCACCCCCCCCGGAUAAACAACUUGUGGAACGAUGGAGGAAGGAUUGAGCACCAUGAAAAAAAUCAAAAGCAACAUGAGCAAGAUUUGCUUCAAUAGGUCCAACAAGCUGAACGGGGAUUUUAAGGAUGACCAAAUUGAAAUAAUCCUCGACAACAAAAACAUAACGCCAAAGCCGAUAUACUUCAAUUUUCAAGAAACGGAAACGAAGAAAUCUUUCGACCAAAUAGACUACUUACUUAAACAGUUCGAUGACAAAAAUGAAUUUAUCGACCAGAAGGGAAGCACGACCAAAGCAACCGAUGAAGCUAAUCACAUAGGAGAUAUAAUUGAUGGAGAGUCAAAAUGUGGACGGGGGGAGCAGGGAUCCGUUGAGGUAGAAGACCAGGAAGGGGGUCCAAAAGGCAUUCAGUACGAAGAGGAUAUUUUAAAAUCGUACGAUGAAAUCCGGCUGAGCGAAUCAGAAACGAUCAACCUGCUGAACAUCCCCAAUAUGCUGAACGACACGGAGGAGGAAAAAAAGGCCAUCGAAGAAAAAAACCAAAGAUACGAAAAACUGAUUAACAAUGACGAAAGCAAUUACAUAAACAAAACCAUGCAGACAUUAAAUGUGUUCAGAAAGAACAAGGACGUCUACGUCUCCACCAUCAACAAGCAGAACAAAAGUUCCCAGACGAAUUUACACGAACUGCACAAGUUGACCAUAAGGAACCCAUCGGACAUAUCCGAGCUGCUGCACAAGAAAUUUCUAAAAUAUAGAAACAAAAAGCUAAAAAAGAUCAUGGACGAAUACGGAGACUCGCUAAACAUUAACGAAAGAGUCAUUUUGAAGAAGAACAUGUGGGUUCAGGUCGUUGACAAGAAUUUAGUAGAUAACAAGCAGACGACGAUCAUACCCAAAUCGUUUUAUAAGUCCAAGAAAAAUAAUACGUCCCUUUUUAAUACGCUCUUUUCCACAAAAAAUAUGUCUCGAACGUUGUCAAAUAAAAGUAGGACGUUCAGAACUAGGAGCAAAUUUAAAAAUAUGAAAACGAUGAAAUUUUUAACAAGCAGCUUCAGCGAGGACGAAUACCUAAUCAAGUCGAUCAUCAAAAGGAAAAGGGAGCAAACGGACGCGUCCCCGGAAGGGCCAGAAGACACUGAGGACAGCGCAAAUGUUAUCCCAUGGAAAAUAAACAACCAGAAAAAAAACCUAAACAAGGGGUCCUUUGUGCAUAUAUUAAAAAAUAUGGAAAAGUACGUAGUACAAAAUGUGUAUUAUUACGAGCAAAUGCUGUACAAGAACAUCCGCCUGAGUUACCUAAAUGAUAAGAGAAAAAAUAACAAAGUGAAAAUGUUCGACGGGGAGAACUACGACGCCCUUACGAACCCAAACAUUAACUACAGGAGGAAAAAGACGAUCAUCAGGAUGAAAAUAAAAAUGAAUUUCAAAAAGGCAAUUAACUUUUACAAAAUUAGCAAAUGCGUUGAUACUGCUAGUACGGGAGAGAUGCACGAGCAGGGAAGUGCUCCCCCCCAGGAGGGAGACCCCCAGUGGGCUACUCACGUGGACCUGCUCAAACGAGUAGCUGUUCUGUCCAAGGGGAAGAAGAAAAAAAUAGGGCGACAAAUUUCAGCUAUAAAGUUGAGGACACAAAUCAGGAAAAAGGCCGCAAGGAGAACGGGGAAAGGAGCCCGCAAUAAAGUGUCAAACCAAGCGGCGGAUCAGACAGAAAAGACAGCUGAAAUGCAGGGAGAUGGUAAGAACGCGCCCGAUCCAGUGUGCAACGCAAAUGAAGCGAAUAAAACUGAAGAUGGCAAAAGCGAGGGAGACCACCAAAUUUUCGAUAUCAUUGCAAAUGAAGAAAGCAAUGAAGAUAAAAUAAAAAAAAUCAGCACACUGAUUUUAGAUGAUGUUUUAAAAACUAACUGCAAUGAUGAAAAAAAAAAACAAAUUUUGGAAAAAGAAAACAUAGAAAAAAAAAAGAUAUCCCAUGUGCUGAGGAAGAAAGAGAAGUUCACCUCCAUCAGAGGGAACAGAAUAAAGUUCGUAUCGGAGGUGAGACAAGACGAGGGCGCGUUUAUGUACGGCGACGAGGGCAUGUUCACAUGUGACGAUGACGAUCACUUCAUGCGCAAAGAUGAUACGCAAAAUGGGCAUAACACCUACAUGGGGGAGUAUACACAAGAGGGGGACGCACAUGGGAAGGCCAAUAAAAGCAACCAGCUGUACAAACUGAAGGGAAAAAAAUACAUCAAAAAUAUUUCCAUCGACAAGCUGUUCCAAUUUCAUUAUAACAAAUUAGAAAAAAUAGUGACAUCUAUCGAUACGAACAAAUUUUAUGAAGACUACAUAACAGCUAGCUAUUCGAGCACACUAGACAUUGGAAGCUUCCAAAAUAGCAAAGGAAACGUUGCCAUCUUUAGUUACAUCAACCCAACCUACCCCCUAAGGCUGUAUGAUAUAAAUUCAAGUGUUCUCAAAAUUAGCUACUCGAAUAAUAACCCCAAUCUGCUAGUUGCCACCUUGUCCAAUGGACACAUAAAUAUUUACGACACUAGAAGUAGUGACCAGCUAGCCGUUUUGAAAUCUACUAGCAUAAAAAAUUAUCACGAGAACUGUUAUGAACCCAUAUAUGACAUUUGCUUUAAGAGCAACUACAUGGCUAGCAAUACGCAAGAAAGUAUUUUCUACUCUGCACAUGAAAAUGGGCAUGUGUACCAGUGGACUAUAGAAAAGGAAUUAAAAAAUAAAGAAAUUUUAUACCUAAAAAAUAAAAAGAAUGAUUUGUAUCAAGGCCUCUCAUCAGUAUUUGAAAAUAAAAACCUCUCCAAUAAACCAUUUAACUCUUCCCUAACUUGCAUUGACAUAGACAAUUACAUGAACCACGAUGAGGACUUUAUCAUCAGCACCAUAAAUAGGGAGGAUGCAAAACAGCUCGGUCAUAAGCAAAAACGUUACGACCAUUCGGGCGAGAGCAUUCCAAAAUAUGAUCUUAAGGAACAGAGCAAGGGCGCCCCAAACAAUGCAGCUUCGCAUGAAGUAGGGGCCAACGAAAUUGAAGCAACGGUCGAUGCUGCCGGGGAACAAUACACGAAACGCAUAUCUAGGGAGGAAGAACUGCUAAACCAUUACAAAAAUGUUACGGAAAACAUCAUUGACAAGAAAAUAAAACCGACUCAUUCGUACUACUACCUCGGCACAAAAAAUGGCCUAAUAUACAGGUGCAAUAGCUGCUAUCAAAAGUCGUACUUAAAUUAUUACGUUGCCCAUUUCGGGGCUGUAAACAAAAUAAAAAUAAACAAAUUCGACCACGACAUUUUCCUAAGUGCCGGGGAAGACUGCACAGUCAAGUUGUGGCACAAAUUUUCGAACAAACAAAUCACCACUUUUAAGUCCAAGAAUUCGUUCAGCUCCAUCAACGAUAUAUUAUGGAUGCCCAACAAUUCCACGUCCUUCUUCUGCUGCUCGGAUGAUGGCCGCGUGGAAUUAUGGGACUUCAAUUUUUUGUCCAAGGACCCCCUGAUCAUUUUCUACCCCAACGUGGUUGAGGCGUCUAAAAUUAUAUGCCUCAAGAUGUUCAACCAGAAGGACAUUUUACUGUGCGGAGAUAACCUGGCGAACGUUUCGAUGAUCAAAAUAAAAAAUUUGGUCGACAUGGGGUUAGACGACUAUGAACAGAAGAUGAAGUUGACGGACUGUCUCAAGUGUUUGGAUACCUACGACUAUUUCUGA